GAUCAUUUAACGUGCAGCACUGCAAGUGGAAGCAACAAUUGUCGGAGCCGUGAACUGUGGAUCUUUAAGUUAUUUGUGAUAGUGCUUUUCAAUUAAAACCAACAUCGAAUUAAUUGAACAAUUGAGAACAUUCAAGUGCAAGUUAAUAAGAGUAAUAGAUAAGGAUAGAUAUACACAUUAAAGAUGUCGCAAAAAAAUAUUGAAAGUGUGGAUCCAGCUAAAAGUAAAGAACCCGAAAAUGACAACGAUUUGGAUGCUAAUUCAAACAGCACGGCGGAGGCGGAGGCGGGGGCACCCAAAGAGGAUGCACCUGCGGACUUCGACAAGGCCAUCGAUGCGGCUGGCUUUGGCAUCUUCAAUCUGCUCCUACUCUUCGUUUCGAUACCCGCGCAGAGUGCUGCCAUUUUCGAGUCGAGCUCCAUGUCAUUUAUCCUGCCGGUGGCCGAGUGCGAUCUGCGUUUGACGCUCGAGGACAAGGGUGUCCUGAAUGCGGUGGCCUAUGCGGGCAUGACCAUAUCGGCCAUUGCCUGGGGCUAUCUGGCCGACACCAAGGGGCGCAAAAAGAUCCUCUACUGGGGCUACCUGAUCGAUGCCGUUUGUGUCUUUGGCAGCGCCCUCAGUCAAAACUUUAUAAUGCUGGUCGUGUUCAAGUUUCUCGGUGGAUUGGUUGUUAAUGGUCCUGCAGCUGUGCUGUUUACAUACCUGACGGAGAUGCAUGGACCGAAGCACAGAUCCUCGGUGCUCAUGAUUGUGGGCAUGGUGACAUCCACGGCCACAAUUUCGCUGCCUCUCCUGGCCUGGGGCAUCUUUCCCAGGGAUUGGGACUUUGAAGUUGUGGGUCUAACGAUUCACAGCUGGCAAAUCUAUUUGUUUGUCUUGGGUAUCCCCAGUCUGGUGAGCGGUUUGAUUUUCUGCGCCAUGCCCGAGAGUCCACGUUUUCUCAUGGCCCAGGGCCGCACGGAGGAGGCUCUGCAGGCCUUCCAGCACAUCUACCAUGUGAAUACGCGCAAACCCAAGGAUACCUAUCCAAUCAAGCAGCUCGUGCAGGAGGUGCCCAAUCGCAAGGCCAACCGGGACGAGGUCAUCUACACGAUUGAGGAGAAAACGGGCGAAAAAGUGCCGCAGAAGCCGCAGUCGCGCACGCUGAUGGAGAGCCUGCGCUCGGGUUUGGCUCAGAUGAAGCCACUGGCGCACAAGCCCCUGCUGCGCCUCUCCCUCCUGCUGUACAUCAUGCAAUUUGGCAUCUUCUUGGGCAUGAACACCAUCCGUUUGUGGCUGCCACAGCUGUUUGCCUCCAUGGCGCAGUACGAGGCUGAGUUUGAUGGCGCCACCGCCAGCCUGUGCACUGUGCUCGAAUUUAGCGUCAAUAAAACAGCUGAGACUGCCUUAGAUUAUGCCAAUGCGUGUUCGGAGCCGAAGGAGAUUUCCAUGGAUAUGUACAUAAACAACAUCAUCGUCUCGGCCUGUGGCUUUGUGGGCUACUUCUUUGCGGGUGGCAUUAUGAAGGCAUUGGGGCCCAAGCGUUUGAUGACCUAUGGUUUGUAUAUUUCGGGAACCUUUGGCCUGCUGCUGUACUUCUCCGUCAGCAGUUUGAUGACUCUCACAGUCUCUGCCUUAUUUCUGACCAUCACGGGCAUUGCAGUCUCCUCUCUUUUGGGUGCUGUCGUGGCUCUGUUCCCCACACAGCUAAGAACUGUCGUCGUUGCCAUUGCCAUGAUGUGUGGACGCUUUGGCGCCUUGUCGGGUAAUCUACUCUUUCCUGUCUUCGUUCAGAUCGGUUGUUUGCCUCCAUUCAUAAUGGUAUCAUCCGUGCUGCUGUUGGCUGGCACACUCUCCAUAUUUGUGCCCAACCCAGCAAAGGCAACCUUUUCUUAAGGCACUUCGCUUGAAGUUUCUCCCCCAUAAAACGGAGCAACUUCCACUGAACUGUAGUUUUAGUUUAUGUAAAAUCUUAGGAAAAUUUAGUUGUACGAUCUAGCAAUUAUUGGGGGCUAAA